ACUCGAAGCAGUACCGCACACUGUCCUUCCAGCCCGAGCACAGCAUGCAGCUCACACCGCUCGUCCUCGAGGUGUUUGGAGGACAGGUCACCUAGAGUUGUGACUGCGACAGAUUGAAGACUGUAAACUCAGCGACAGCUCUCAUGGCCAGUGAAGAAGUGAAGCAGAAGCUGCAAAGCUCCAUUUUAAGACGUCAGAGUUAUGAACAAGCCAAAACUCAACGAGAGACGGAGCAAACCUCUGAGCUGAACUUCCAGCAGGAGCAACCAAACACACCUCCAUCUCCACAACACAAAGCCUCUGAAUGUGAUCUGAGACACAAAACCAGGAACUGUUGCAGUUGGAAUAAUCCUGUGCACAACUCAUUCCACAGCAGCAGUAACUCCACAUGUCAGUUCUCUCCACACUUGGAUCAUUCUGAUCACAUGUCACAGCUGUGGGACUGCAGCGUCCAUCAGGUUCAGAUGGACAUGACCCCAAGGUUUAUCGGGCCGGUGGAGAUGUGGAUCCAGGCUCCUGUCAUUCCUCCACCUGAAAACAUGUUAAACAACUGGAUCUUACUGAAACAUGUGUAUGUGGCCACAGCUGUGUUCAGCAGCCCUCAACAGUCAUCACCCCAACUGUCGGUCCUCCCGGAAGUGUCUGUCAGCGUGAGGCAGCACAGACCAUUACAGAGUUGUCAGUCACAGCCUCUGAUUCUGAACGAACGGCCAAUUAGAAAUUUUCAGAACCACAGCUUAAAAAUACAGAAGAGAACCUCACACGCACAAAAAAUGAUUCCUCCAAGACUGUGUGUAACCCCUGGUGCCAACCAGCACCACCCACAGGUGGAGGAGAGGACGGUGGUGCAGGAGAAGGGGAGAGUUAUGUUUGUGGUUGGAGAAGACAGCAGCACAGGUUCCUCAGGGAAGUUCUAUGAAGAACAAAGAAGCAAUGAGUCGAGUUGCUUGUCAGACCACAAGCAGUGGCGGCGCAGACCUGCUCUCAGAAUACACAACACAUCACGUCGUUCCAGCUUCACCAAGCCUAACACUGCUGACACUGCUCCUGACCACACCCACAGAACAGGACUGGUGUAUGAUCCAAAGAUAAUGACACAACAGUGUAUGUGUGGUGAUGUCACAUGUGAUAUUAAGCACGCGCCGAGAAUUCCGCUGGUCUUUAACACACUGAUGGAAAAUGGAGUCAUUAAUCAGUGUAAGUGGAUCACAGGUUCGAAUGAAGCGUUCCAUACGGAGGUCCUAAAGAUAUCUUUCCAGAACAGUUGUGGGGCGAAUCCUCUGAGUCCGCAGCACAUUUCAGCAUUGAGGGUGGCAGCAGGAAGUGUAAUGAACCUCAUGAUGCUCAUCACACAGGGUCAGCUGAGGAAUGGCUUUGCAAUAGUACAAACAGAUGGACAUGAUGUCUCACACUCAUCACCACCCUGUACAUCAGUGUCUAACUUUAGUCCAGUAGCAAUAGCUGCAAAACUGCUCCAGGAAAAUCCUUAUAAAAAAAGGAUUCUGAUUCUUGACUGGGAUGUUCAUCACUGUAGUACAACUCAGGAAAUGUUCUACACAGACCCCAACAUUCUCCUCAUCUCUCUGCAUCGCUAUGGCAACAACAUGCCCAGUGCAGUUAGUGGAUGUCCUGAUGAAGUGGGCUUGGAUGAUGGAGUAGGUUUUAACAUCAAUGUGCAAUGGUCAUGUGACCUGGACUCACCUAUAGGAGACGCAGAGUAUUUGGCAGCCUUUAGGACGGUGAUCAGGCCCAUCGCACAGCAGUUCUGCCCUGAAUUCAUCUUAAUCUCCACAGAGUUUAACUCCGUCAAUGGACAUCCAAAGUCUCAGAGUGGACCGAGAGUAUCUGCUCAAUGUUUUGGGCUCCUCACUCAGAACCUGAUGGAUCUCUGUGGAGGUCGUGUCAUCGUGGUGUUAGAGCGAGGUCAUGAUGUCACACCUGUGUGUGAAGCUUCUACUGCGUGUGUUAGCGCUCUGUUAGAGAACAAGGUUGUGGCUCUGACGGAGGAUGUCCUAAUGAAGAAACCAUGUGCUGCAGCAGUUCAGUCUCUAUACAGAGUUCUAGAGAUCCACAGUCAGUACUGGUCGUCAGUGAGAGGUCUGAUACACACUGUUGGAGAUUCAUGGUUACAGACUGAGGGACAACAUUCAGUCCACACUGACACAGCCUCAGCCCUCGCCUUACUCAGUGUGACCCCCCCGAACUACACCAGCUCUGAGAGCUCCAGGUCGUGUUUUGGUGGAAACGAGCCGGUGGAGCACGAUGAGGAUGAGGAGCUAUGAGCUGAUCAGUGAAGAAAGCUGGAAUUUUGUUCUCUUUAUUUCAGGAAAAAAUAACUUUUAUGUCCUGUGGUGAGGAGACGAACGAGACGAGUUCAAUAACAUUGAGUUUUAUUGCUGAAUGAACUUUCAUUUUAAUGACUGAUUCCUUUACGAUUUAUUUUUACAUAUAUAUGAUUUUAUAUUUUAUUAACAAUAAGAUUUUUCACGGCAUUAGAAGAAACUCAGCUCUGUAAAAGAUGAAGAAAAAAAUGUCCCCUUUAUUGUUACUAUUUCAUUCAUUUAGUUUUUGAUUUUAAGGAUUUAAAGAACAUUAAGGAUUUUUUAAAAAUUAUUUUAUCUGAAAUAAUAUUCAAGUUAUGAGUCAAAAAUAUUCUGUCAUUAAAUAUUUACAAUUUAUUUGACUAUUUUUUUAUUUUAGGAUUUUCUCCAUAAUAUAAUAUAUAAAUCCACAUUCAGUAUCAUUUUAAUAUACUUAUACUUUACCUGAUUAAAUAUUCACAUUUAAUUUUAUUCAAACAAACGAUCCUCAAAUUUUAAUUCUUACAUUUUUGUUUCGACAUUUGUUAGAUGUGGGACAUGAAAUAUCAAACAUUUUAUACCCACAAUUUAAAAAAGCUUCAUAAAACUUAUUUAAAAAAAUUAUAGAAUGUAUUUGGUUGAUGUGUGAGUUUGGUUGAUGUGAUAAGAUUCAGUUUGAAUUGCAAUAAUUCAUUAAGUUGCUUAAAUUUGUAUAAAUCAUUAACUCCGCCCCCUAAACAUUAACAUAAAGACGUCUGAGUUGUUACAGAACUGCAGGUUAAAAAACGAUAACUUAAAAGCUUCCUGUUGAUUUGUAUAGAAUUGUUAUUAAAGUUUAGCUUGUAA